AUGUGGAAGAUGACCUCAGCACUGUUGUUUCCACUGCACACCUGUGAUUCAAGACCCACACCUAGAUCCCAUUCAGAAGAGACAGGAGAGAGCAGGGAGCAGGUGGGGCAAAGAGAAGGGAAACUCAGAUCUUUUAGCUGGGAUCAAAAGCCCUCUCACCGAUCACUGACAUGUGGGGGCUUCAUCAUGGGUCUGGCCAGAACUCACGCUUUCUCAUGCAGAGAGCCCCUCACCUCUGCACUCAGAGGAAUCAGUGUAUUUCCUCUGGAGGAUGGUAUGUUUUCAAUAAAACUUGUUGUUGAGCUGAAAUGA